GCCAAAGAAAAGCACAGGGUUAAUGCAAGAAGAAAACCAUGGAGGAGGAAAAAGAAAUAGAUCCGAAAUUAGAAGUACAAAUGAUCGAAGAAGUGGUAAUUAAGGAUUCUGUGCCAUCCGUCGACACGACGGACAAAAAGUCUCAAGCGUAUAAACAAUCAAACACUUAUGCCGCUAAAAAAACGGUCGCGCAAGGCAUGAUGGACGUUGCCUUAAUUACUGCCAAUGCGAAUCAAUUGAGGUAUCUAAUUGAGUAUCAACGGCAUAGCCCUACGUUCCUCAUCAUUUUGUCUUUGAUAAUUAUCAGUCUUAUGCUUCAGAUUGCUGUGGGAGUCAGUUUGAUUUUCAAAGGUCGCUUCGACAUAAAAGGACAGUCGAAAUCACUAAAUGCAAGAAGAAUCAAUAAUUACGUGGUAGUUGGGGUUUUUCUCAUAACAAUUAUAAAUGUAUUCAUAGCCGCGUUUAGUAUAUCUGUUCCCUCUACUUCACCACAAUUGAUACAAACAAUAGGCAAUGGCGUGUGAAUAAUUUGAAUAAUUAGGCAAUAAUUCAGUGGCUCUCUAUUCUUGCAUAAUGCGAUUUAAAAACGGCCCUUUUGUAUAUGCGUAAAACUGAUGUAGUUAAGUUUUUUAUACUUUUAUAUACAUAGUUGAUAAGAUAAUGAAUAUUCUGUUGAAAUUUUAUAUUAAAAUAUCAUUAGAUCUGUAAA